AUGGAUUUAACAUUACUAUCUAGUGACAGUGACAGUGAUUUGGAAAUGCUAGCUCAGUUAUCUGACUCGAGUGAUGAAGAUGAAACCCUACGCCGCACUCCAAAGAGAAUCAGAAGAGUGAACUAUACGCAAAGUCUCGAUGACGUUUCUGAAGCUGAACAUAGGUACAAUGAAGCACACAUUAAAACUAGAAAUACUAUUGAACGAGCAUUUGGAGUAUGGAAACGUAGGUUCCCUAUUGUAGCACUUACACUAUGUUUGUCAAUACCAAAUAUGAAGGCGGUAAUAAUAGCAACUACAGUCCUACAUAAUAUUUGCAGAAAUCACAAUCUCACAGAAAUCCCCUCUGAAGUAGAACUACCAUCUAUCGACAAUAGUACAAUGCCUCAUAAUGUAGUUGUUAAUGAUAUUCCUACAAACCAUAGAACUGAUUUGAUAAAUAAUUAUUUUAUGACAUUAUAG